CCAACUUUCCUUUUGAGAAGUUCCACUUUUUCUCUAGAAAACCCAAAAUCCCUCCAAAACUGAAUUGGCCGCCGCCGCUCUAGCGUCUCCUCUCCCCGUCCCGCCGCUCUGACUUUCUACCUCACAUCUUCCCUCAAUGUCUACCAAGCGGAAAUCAGCCCCUUCCGCAGAAUUUGCUUCCUUUAGGAGGCAAACGCGAUCCACUUCGAAGUUAAAGAAGCAUGAUUCGGAAGCAGCCGAGGUGGCUCCGUCUACUUUCCUAAAUGAAGAAAUGGCUGACGCAGAGGAGAUCUGCAGCAACCAAGUUGAGACAGUCGAGGAGAAAGUAGACGUGAUGGAUCAACGAGAAGUGGGUUCUAAAACCCUGCAGUCCAAGUCAAAAGCGAGAGGGAAAACUGCCGAUGUUGAUGAAGAGGAUGAUGAUGUGCCGGAUGCCAGGUUUAUUGGUGAUCCGGUUCCUGAUGAAGAAGCAAGGGAGCGGUGGCCUAAGCGCUACGAGGGAAAGAAGAACAGGAGAGGGGUAAAAGGAAAUGAUGAGGAUGAUGAGGAGGUUAUUCAAGCGCGGAGGCAUUACACUCGGGCAGAGGUUGAUGGGCGAGUUAUAUAUGAUCUCAAUGAUGACGCCCAUGUGCAGGCUGGAGAAGGCAUGGAUUGUUACAUUUGCAAGAUUGUUGAAAUGUUUGAAGCAAUUGAUGGGAAGCCAUAUUUUACAGCUCAGUGGUUUUACAGAGCCAGAGACACUGUCAUAAAAGAUGUGGACAAUUUAAUUGAUAAGAAGCGUGUAUUCUUUUCAGAGGUCAAGGAUGAUAACCCUUUGGACUGUCUAGUUAAGAGAUUAACCAUUGCAAAAGUGCCACUAAAUGUGGACUUGAAGACAAAAAUGGAGAAAAUUCCAGCUUGUGAUUAUUACUGUGACACGCUAUAUUUGUUACCAUAUUCAACAUUUGUUAACUUACCAGAAAAUUGUGAAAAUGGCAGUGAGACAUCGUCUACUAUUUCUAGUGAUGUCGAUACUAAUAAUGCAAAUGAAGUAAAAUCUGAUAACAAAGAAGACUUGGGAAAAGUGACAUUGCUGGAUUUAUACUCUGGGUGUGGUGGUAUGUCAACUGGUCUGUGCCUAGGUGCAAAAAUGGCUGGGUUGAAUCUUCAGACAGGGUGGGCUGUUGAUUUGAGUUCACAUGCAUGUGAUAGUCUCAAAUGGAACCAUCCAGAAACACAGGUGAGGAAUGAAUCUGCAGAAGACUUUUUAUCACUUAUGAAGGAGUGGAAAAAACUUUGCACUUAUUUUUGUUUGGAUAAAAGUGAAAGUUCGGAGGAGCAAGUUUUCAAUCCUUUUGGUUUGCAAGAUGAUAGAGGUGAUGAUGAACAAAGUGAUAGUGAUAAUGAUUCUGAGGUUUUUGAAGUUGAAAAAAUUCUUGAUAUAUGUUAUGGUGAUCCCAAAGAAAUGGGAGAGACUGGAUUAUACUUAAAGGUUCGUUGGAAAAAUUAUGGGCCUCAAGAUGAUACAUGGGAACCAUUUGGAGGUUUGGGUAAUUCUCAGGAAACCAUUAAAAGUUUUGUCAGAGAUGGCUAUAAAUCGAAGAUUAUCCCACUCCCAGGUGAUGUUGAUGUGGUUUGUGGGGGCCCUCCAUGCCAAGGCAUUAGUGGUUUCAAUAGGUUUAGAAACAAGGAGAAACCUUUAGACGAUGAGAAGAACAAGCAACUAGUUGUCUUCAUGGAGAUUGUAGAGUAUCUGAAGCCGAAGUUCGUUUUGAUGGAAAAUGUUGUUGAUAUUGUUAAGUUUGCCAAUGGCUUUUUGGGAAGAUAUGCCUUGGCUCGGUUAAUUAAAAUGAACUAUCAAACCCGGAUGGGGAUGAUGGCAGCUGGUGCGUAUGGGCUUCCUCAAUUUCGCAUGCGAGUUUUCUUGUGGGGUGCUCAACCAACAGAGAAGCUACCUCAAUACCCUCUUCCCACACAUGAUGUUGUAGUACGAGGUGUCAUUCCCCUUGAGUUUGAGAUGAACACUGUUGCAUAUAAUGAAGGAGAAAAACCAGGGUUGGAGAAAAAGCUUUUAUUGGAAGAUGCAAUUUCUGACUUGCCAGCUGUUGGGAACAAUGAAACGCGAGAUGAAAUGCCAUAUGAUAAGAAUCCAAAAACAGAAUUUCAACAGUUUAUUAGGUCAAGAAAAGAUGUGCUGGGUUCAUCAAAUCUCCAUUCAGCUAAAAGUUUGUUGUUUGAUCAUCGUCCCCUGGAAUUGAAUACAGAUGAUCAUCAACGUGUUUGCCAGAUCCCCAAGAGGAAGGGAGCAAAUUUUAGAGAUUUGCCAGGCGUUCGAGUGCGUCCAGAUAACAAAGUUGAAUGGGAUCCUGAGGUUCCAAGGGUGAAACUGGAAUCAGGGAAACCUCUGGUCCCAGAUUAUGCAAUGACAUUUAUCAACGGUUCAUCAUCUAAGCCAUUUGCUCGUCUAUGGUGGGAUGAAACAGUACCAACUGUUGUCACAAGGGCAGAACCUCAUAACCAGGCAAUUCUACACCCUGAACAAGAUCGUGUCCUUUCAAUUCGGGAAAAUGCGAGACUCCAGGGAUUCCCGGAUUAUUACAAGCUUUUUGGGCCUAUUAAAGAGAGGUACAUUCAAGUGGGAAACGCUGUUGCAGUGCCUGUUGCUCGUGCCCUUGGAUACUCAUUAGGCUUGGCCUACCAAGGUUUGGCAAGCAACGAAAACGAACCAUUAUUGAAGCUCCCUGCAGGAUUCCCUAACAUCCCAGAACGUAUCUCGUCUGAGACAACUCAAGAUUAGAUGAAAUUACUAAUUCAUUUUUUUGUUUUGACCCAAAAAAAAAGUGCAAUUUUUGGGAGUGGAAUUUCCAUACCACUACAUCCGUACCAACUAACAUGUUUAGCUCCAUUCUAAACUCAUUCAAUUUAACUGGAUUUUUAUGUUCGAAAUUAUUGUAAUGAGCAAUGAAUACAUUCAAAUCAA